AUGUCGGCGGAUUUGGCUCGCAAAACUUGGGAGCUGGAGAACAAGGUCACUCUUGUUGAUCCUGUCAAGGACUUUAUCUACGGUUUCGACGAGGAAGAACAGAAAGUAACACUAGAUGCUAAGCCAUGGAAAGCCAACCCAGAUUACUUCAAAAGUGUCAGGAUAUCGGCGGUCGCUUUGUUAAAAAUGACAAUGCACGCUAGAUCCGGAGGGAGCAUCGAAAUCAUGGGUUUGAUGGUUGGCAGAGUCCAUGGUACAUCAUUUAUCGUCAGCGACGCUUUCCCGCUACCUGUCGAAGGAACCGAAACUCGUGUCAACGCACAGAACGAAGCCUACGAAUACAUGGCUGAGGCGGAUCGAUUAGCCAAAGAAAUCGGCCGCAAGGAAAACGUCGUCGGAUGGUACCAUUCACAUCCUGGUUAUGGGUGCUGGCUAUCUGGUAUUGAUGUCAACACACAAAUGAUGCAACAACAGUGGUUGGAUCCUUUCCUCGCUGUUGUUAUCGAUCCAGACAGGACUAUCAGUGCAGGCAAGGUCGAUAUUGGUGCUUUUAGGACUUAUCCGGAGGGUCACAAACAAGCUGGUGGAAAGGAUGCCGAAUACCAGACAAUCCCACUUAGUAAGAUUGAGGACUUUGGCGCCCACAGCAACCAGUACUAUCCGUUGGAGAUCACACAUUAUAAGUCGUCACUAGACAAUCAUCUCCUUGAACUUUUAUGGCAUAAGUACUGGGUUUCGACUCUAUCGCAGUCCCCAUUAUUCACAAAUCGUGAGUAUUCUUCCAAGCAAAUGGCAGAAAUCUCUCGCAAAAUCAAAAAAGCAGAGACACAGCUUUCGCAUUCGAAAAUCAUGUUUGGCGGGGGAGGCAGGGGUGGUUUUGGAGGUUCGAGCGACGUCAAAGGAGGAAAAGAUAACCAGUUGAGCAAAAUCGUUCGAGACAGCAACAAGAUUGCAAACGAAGAGAUUUGCGGCCUGCUUUCAACAGUAGUCAAGGAGAGAAUUUUCGAUUUUAGCAAGUUGAAACUCGGGAAAUGUGGACAUAAUCAUUCGCCGCAGCCGCAACCCACCACGAAUGCUUAA